GUUCUUGCAUUUCUAAAACCUCUCUCUCUCUUUGAAAUCCUUUGAGUUAGAAAAAGAGAGGAACACAAAACCAGAUUCCUAAGUCAUUUUGAGCUAACAUCAUAAAUAGUGUAAGGGUGGUGUUUGUGUAGAGAAAGAAAAGAACAAGUGUAGUUUGUUAAGAAAAGGUUUUCAAGACAAAGAGGGGGUGUAGGGGGGAGGUGUAUAUAUCAAGUAAUGCGAUCAGGAAGUUGUGCAUUGCAGCAGACCCUCACAGCUGAGGCUGCUUCAGUUUUGAAGCAUUCUCUAGUCUUAUCAAGAAGAAGAGGCCAUGCACAAUUAACUCCUCUUCAUGUAGCAACAACUUUGUUAACCUUAAGAGUCACUUCUUUCACAAAAGCAUGUCUUAAAUCUCAACCUCAUCAUCAUCAUCAUCAUCUUCAUCACCAAUCUUCAUCACAAUGUAGAGCUCUUGAGCUAUGUUUCAAUGUAGCUCUUAAUAGGCUUCCAACAAAUCCUACUCCUUUGAUUCAUUCUCAGCCUUCUCUUUCCAAUGCUCUCAUUGCUGCAUUGAAAAGAGCACAGGCUCAUCAAAGAAGGGGGUGCAUAGAGCAACAACAGCAGCAACAACCAGUUCUUACUGUGAAAGUUGAGCUUGAACAGCUUAUUAUAUCUAUUCUUGAUGAUCCUAGUGUUAGUAGGGUUAUGAGAGAAGCUGGUUUUUCUAGUACUCUUGUUAAGAACAAUUUAGAAGACUCUAAUUCAACUUCUAAUUCUGUUUUUAAGUGUUAUAAUAGUUCUGGUGGUGUUUUUUCAUCUCCUUGUUCCCCUUCUAGUAGUGAGAAGAAUCAUAGAGAAAACAUAAACCUUAGUGAUUUUAGACACAACCAUUUCUUGGCUUCUGCUAAGUAUAGUUCUUCUUCUGAGUUUUAUAACAAAGUUCUGUUUUCUACAACAAAGAAAGAUUCAGAUUUUUCCAUCAUUGGUGCAGCUUCUUCUUCAGGUGGACUUGGUUUGACCCUUCAUGCUUCCAGUGUCCUUGAUACAAAGCCCUUUAGAAGUAAUAAGGAGGAAGAGGAUAAGCUUAAUUGUUGUGAAGAAUGUGCCUCCAAUUAUGAAAAAGAAGCUCAAUUUAUUAAACCUGAACAGAAAAAAACAUUGCCUUUCUGGCUUCAGUCCCAUGGAACGGAAGAACAAAAGAAGGAUGGAUUAACUGAGUUGAAAACAAAAUGGAAUAGACUAUGCCACUGUCUCCACCAAAACAAACAGCAUCGUCCAAACCAAAUCCAUUGGACCAACAAUCACAGUUCAAACCUCAAUAAUUCAUCAAGUUCCAUAUCUUAUAGCUCCAAUCUUAUACCUCGAUUCCGUCGCCAACAAUCAUGCAUCAUUGAGUUCAACUUCAAUGAUAAAAGGCCUGCAACAGAACCAGUCUUUGAUUCCCUUGAAAGUAUGGAAGAUAAAGAAGUAAAGAUUAGUCUUACACUUGGAAAUGGUGAUUCAGGUGAAAAGGUUGGAAAUUUAACCGAUACAACACAUCAACAAGCUCAUGUUUGUAAAGUAUUGCAGGAGAAUGUGCCAUGGCAAUCUGAAACUGUUCCUUCAAUAGCAAAGGCCUUGUUUGAUAUUGAUACCAAAUCUGAAAAACAAAGUAAAGUUACAUUCAAAUGGCUAUUUUUACAAGGUAGUGAUUUCAUAUGCAAAAGAAGGUUGGCACUUGCUAUUGCAGAAUCAGUUUUUGGCUCAGCUGAUUUGGUUCUUCACAUGGACAUGAUAAAAAAGGAAACUUUAAUAGCACCAUUUUCUGAAAUGCUUGAAGGAGCGUUGAGAAAACAUCAACAGCUUGUGGUUUUAAUAGAAAAUGUUGAUUUUGCUGAUACCCAAUUCAUGAAAUAUCUCUCAGAUGGAUAUGGAAAAGGAAAGUUUGGAACUUUAAGUAGCAAUGAUGGGAAUUCAGGCCAAGUGAUAUUCAUUUUGACAAAUGGUGGCUCCACAAGGAUUGAAGAGAAGAAUCAAAACAAUGUUAUGAAAUUGUUGUGGCAGAUUACUGACACUAAGCCUAAUUUAGAAACACCUUGCUUGAGCCGCAAGCGAAGAGCCGAAUUGGAUUUGUUGAUUUCUGAGCUAGGGAGCAAAAAGAAAGACUUUUCAAGACAAUCAAGCUUUAACAGUAACACCCAUAGGUGCAAUCAUAUCAGCACUUAUGCAGCGGAUCUCAACAGUAACAAUAACACUCUUGAUUUGAACAUGAAAGCCAAUGAAGAGGAAGAUGGUGAUGAUAAAGAAAGGGAAAGUAGAUCAAUUUCAAGUGAUUUGACUAGAGAAAAUAUAGCUGAUCCAUUGAACUCAAAUGGGUUUCUUGAUUCAAUUAUGAAUAGGUUUGAGUUCAACACAAGUUCAUUUAGAGACAGAGAAAUGACACAGUUUUUUCUGUCCAAGAUUAAAGGAUCAUUUGAAGAAGUUUUUGGUAAAAAAAAUGUGGUGAAUUUUAGUGUAGAUGAGAAAGUUAUUGAAGAUAUGUGUUUGGGGUGUUGUUUUAUCACUAACAAAAUGUUUGAGAAAUGGCUUAAAGACAUUUUCCAAAACAGUUUAGAAACAGUUAACUUUGGUGGGAAGGAGGGUAUACUUUUUAGACUUUGUUUGGGUGAUAGAAAUUGGGAAUUGGAUAGUGGGUUUAUGGGUUCUUCUUUGCCUAAGAGCAUUCAAGUUAACUGCUUUAUAGAGUGAGUAAUUUUGGGCACUUAGGGUUUCUUGUAAAAUUGUCCACAUGGUGUAAAAUGGGAUAGUUUGUGUAACUUCUAAAUUUCAUAAUAGUAUGUGUUUGUUAUUUCC